CAUGGAUGAGAUCUGGUUUGGUAAAAUUGUACGGGAGUAGUGGUGGAUCGUGGUGGAGUGAUGUUACCUUCGUUGACAGGAAAAGAAAUAGAACUACUCGCAUUUUUUUUUCAUCGUUCCGCAUACUAUUUAGAGAUAAUUAAGAAUCAUGAGUGUGAUACGAGGCAACGAGUAACUAGAUCGUGUUCGAACAGUUUGUCGCACGAAUCGAUGAUACCGGCCGUGAAAAUGCCGAACCAAGUGUUGUUUCUCGCGACGUGUUUGCUGGUGAUCGUUCCCCGAGGAAUCACGGCAACGGGACAACGUUACACCACCAGCCCGUCCCAAGAUCUGGACAAUACUCUGCAAUCAGUACCACCUCUUGGGCCGAACGUGUGCAGGUCAAGAUACAAGAAUUACUGUUGCCCCGGAUGGACGAAGAAGCCCGAGACCGGUCUCUGUGUAAUCCCUGUGUGCACAAGACGAUGCGGUACGGCAGGCAGAUGCAUCAGACCAAACAUUUGUUUGUGCGAGGGUGGCACGGUGGCCUCGUCUUGUGCUAGCAGUCAAAGUAAAGCUGCCAGCCACGAUAGUAGUAGCGCGUUAGAAAGGGGUGAGUCUGGUAGAUGCAGGGCGCAUUGCAUAAAUGGGAACUGCGUGGAUGGCAGGUGUCAAUGUCGCAGUGGGUACCAAGGAGAAUUCUGUAACGAACCGAUUUGUCGAGAGCCAUGUUUGAACCAAGGAAGAUGCAUCGGUCCAGAUCGUUGCGCUUGCAUCUACGGGUACACAGGUAGACGAUGUGAAACUGAUUACAGGACCGGUCCCUGUUACACGAAAGUAAAGAAUGGACAAUGUCUGGCGAACCUUCAGGGCGUCGUUUGUACGCGACAGUUGUGUUGCGCCACCGUGGGCAAGGGUUGGGGUCACCCCUGCGAGAGGUGUCCGGCUAGACUGGACUGCGAAUUGGGACACUUGAAGACCAAUCAAGGCCAAUGCGUCGAUAUCAACGAGUGCGAAGCGAUACCAGGGCUAUGCGAGGGUGGCAAGUGUCUGAACACACCUGGUUCGUUCACCUGCGAAUGUCCUGACGGACAGGCGAGAGAUCCUGAGACGAAUGCUUGCAAGGAUAGAGACGAGUGCCAGGAGGAGGGAAUCUGCGAGGAUGGACGUUGCGUGAACACAAACGGUGGCUAUUAUUGUCUCUGCAAUCCAGGAUUCAUUCAAAGCCAGGAUCGAAGAUUCUGUAUCGAUGGAAGACAAGGUUUAUGUUACACGUCUGUGAAUAGAAAUGGUCAAUGCAAAAAUCGGUUAUCGAUGAGAUUGAGCAAGAAAGACUGUUGCUGUGGAAAGAACAUGGGACGAGGAUGGGGCGACGAGUGCUACAUUUGUCCCAAUCCCGGAAGUGACGAUUACAACAGGCUAUGCUUGCAACAACUGCAACCCAUCACCGCCAUAAACGAGUGCGCUCUACGACCGGAUAUAUGCGGAAACGGGAAGUGUAUCGACACGAAGGAUGGAUACGAGUGCGAUUGUUAUCCUGGUUUCACCAAGAAGGCAGGCAGAUGCGAGGAUAUCGACGAGUGUCUAUUGGGAUAUUGUCAGGGUGGCACUUGUCAGAAUUACGAGGGCAGUUUCACUUGUCAGUGCCCGCCAGGAUUCGUCGUGUCGGGUGAAGGAAGAUAUUGUACAGACCAUGACGAGUGCCAGGAUACAGGGAUGUGCAACAACGGACAUUGCAUCAACAUGAAUGGAUCCUUCAAAUGCAAGUGCAACGAUGGUUACGCUCUAUCACCGACAAAGAAUACUUGCAUAGAUAUCAACGAAUGCGCUGAUAAUCCUCGUAUCUGCUUAAACGGAAGAUGCGAGAACACACCGGGAUCGUAUCACUGCAUCUGUCAAUCUGGAUUCACGGCGUCGCGAGAUAAUACGUUCUGCGUGGACAUGGACGAGUGUUCCACCAGUGGUAUGUGUGAAAACGGGAAAUGCGUGAACAUGGAGGGCUCUUUCAAAUGCGUCUGCGACUCUGGAUUCCGGAUUGGACCAGAUCAGAGUCAUUGCAUCGAUAUCGACGAGUGCCUAAGCGGACCCUGUCAAAGUGGUCGCUGUAUCAACACUCCUGGUAGCUUCCGGUGCGAGUGUCAUCCUGGAUUCAAUUUAGGACCGGAUGGAAGAUCCUGCUUAGACACAAGAAGAGACCUGUGCUAUUCGCAAUACAAAGAUGGACAGUGUUCGAACCCAACGUCAACAGCAGUGACAAAAUCGAGCUGCUGUUGUUGCACCGUGAUUUUGGGACAACCUAUGGGCUGGGGAAGUACCUGUCAAGCCUGUCCACUUCCUGGCACGAGCGAAUUCGAUGCUCUUUGCCCACAUGGAGCUGGGAUGACUUACAAUGGAGAUGACAUCAACGAGUGCGCACAGAAUCCCAACAUCUGUGUGAACGGUGGCUGCGAGAAUCUCAUGGGAACCUAUCGUUGCAUCUGCGACAGUGGUUACGAGGUGGACGCGACAGGAAAAAUCUGUACCGACAUAAGCGAAUGCGAAUUAGAGGAAUCUCUUUGCAGCGGUGGUCAGUGUCGAAACACACCCGGAAGCUUCCAGUGUAUCUGUCCAAGUGGAACGAGGUUCAACACGCAGAACCACAUGUGCGAGGACAUCGACGAAUGCGAGGAACUCGGACCGGAUGUGUGUUUAAACGGGAUCUGUGCGAACACUCCGACAUCCUACGAGUGCGAGUGUUCUCCCGGAUACGUUCUCGAUCAUACCGGGCACAUAUGCAUGGAUAAUAGGAGAGGUUCCUGCUGGACGAAAAUGAUAGACGGUCGUUGCGAGUACAAUUUACCAAGGCUGGCACUCAAAUCGGAGUGCUGUUGCUCGGUAGGGGUCGCUUGGGGAAGCCCCUGCGAACUUUGCGAUCACUCCCUCUGCGAGUGCUCGAAAGGAUACGCGAAAUUCGGUGGCAAAGAUUGCGUUGACGUGAACGAAUGCGAAUUGAACAGCGGAAUUUGCAAGGGAGGCGGUACUUGCGUUAACACCGAUGGUUCCUAUCGCUGCGAAUGUCCACCUGGUUUGACAUUAGACGCAACACACACCACGUGCAUAGACACUAGACAAGAGACCUGUUACAUGGAGUACCGUCACGGACAGUGCUCGAACGCGAUCGAUGGUCAAUUUUCCAAGAGUCUCUGUUGCUGUUCCGUGGGUCGCGCAUGGGGUAGCGAAAGAUGCGAGUCCUGCCCGAAACCGGGCACCCACGUCCACCAAGAACUAUGCCCCAGGGGACAGGGCUUCACCGACAGGCAGGACAUCAACGAAUGCAUCGAGUUUCCUAGCAUGUGUCUGAACGGAAGGUGCAAGAACACAGUUGGUAGUUUCGGUUGCAAGUGCAACCAGGGUUUCGCGUUAGACGAACAUGGGAUCAAGUGUAACGAUAUCGAUGAGUGCGAGAUCAUGCAUGGAGUGUGCGGAAACGGGACCUGCAGGAACACGCCUGGCAAUUUCCAGUGUGACUGCAAUCCUGGAUAUCGCAGCAGCGAUAUUAUGAAAAUUUGCAUGGAUAUAAACGAGUGCGAGGAAACGACAGGAUUGUGUCUGGGAGGCACGUGUAUCAAUACGGAGGGCAGUUUCAAGUGCCACUGUCCUCCUGGACACGAAUUAAGUCCUGACAAGCAAUCUUGCAAGGACAUCGACGAAUGCUCGAGAACCAGUGGAAUUUGUUCGAACGGUGUUUGCGAGAACAUGAUGGGCACUUAUCAGUGCAUAUGCGACGAUGGUUAUCAACAGACUGGAUUGAAGUCCCAUUGCGAGGAUAUAAACGAGUGCGCGACCAACAAUGGAGGAUGCGAGGAUAUUUGUUUGAACACGCCAGGCAGCUUCUCUUGCUCCUGCGGCACCGGUUUCGCUCUGAAUCUUGAUGGUCGAUCCUGCGUGGACGUGGACGAAUGUAAAGAGAAUCCUCGAAUUUGCAACGGAGGCAAAUGCGCCAACAUCCCAGGUGGCUAUAUAUGCACCUGCACCGAUGGAUUGUUGCCAGGGAAGGAUGGCGCAUCUUGCGUAGACGUCGACGAAUGCACCACUCAGCCCCAGAUCUGCGGCUACGGUGAAUGUUACAACACCAUCGGUUCGUUCAACUGUCGGUGCGAAGAAGGAUAUUCCGUGAAACCGGAUGCAGGUCCCGGAUGCACCGACGAUGACGAGUGUCUACUGAACGCGUAUUCCUGCAGCGAAUUCGCCGAGUGCCAGAACACUCAAGGAUCCUACGAGUGCACCUGCCACGAGGGCUUCGUGGGCAACGGGGUCGAGUGCAGGGAUGUCAACGAGUGCCUGACGAAUAACGGAGGAUGCGAUUCUAAUGCACAGUGCAUCAAUACCGAAGGAUCGUUCAAGUGCGUCUGCGAUGCUGGCUUCCGUGGCGAUGGAUACACCUGCAAAGACAUCGACGAGUGCGCGAACGAUAACACCCUCUGCGAGAACGGACACUGUCUCAAUUAUCCAGGCUCUUUUCGUUGCGAAUGCGAAAUGGGCUUCAUGCAUCCCGACGAGAACAACGAGCAAAUGUGCGUGGACAUAAACGAGUGCGAGAUGUUCAGUAAUCUCUGCGUGUUCGGUCGUUGCGAGAACAUAUUUGGCAUGUUCCGGUGCGAGUGCAACGAGGGCUACAAACUGGACGGUUCGGGAGGGAAUUGCACGGACAUCGACGAAUGUGAAAAUCCGCAAUCCUGCCAAUACGGCACGUGUAUAAACACGCAAGGGAAAUAUAUAUGCAAGUGCCCGCCUCAUCACGAGCUGGUGGAAGCUGGAAACGCAUGCGUUGAUAGGAGAGAAUCGUUUUGUUUCACCGGUUUCGAACACGGCACCGGAAAACCUCAAUGCAUCUUCGACUUGUCAUCCGCGGUGACAAAGGCGACGUGCUGCUGCAGCAUCGGCAACGCUUGGGGCAACAAUUGCGAGGAGUGCCCUCAGAUAGGAACGAGAGAAUUCGAGGAACUUUGCCCUGGAGGACCUGGAUACAGACCUAAUCGAGUCACUGUUAUCCUGGAGGACAUCAACGAGUGUGAGGAACACGAGAAUAUCUGUCAGAAUGGACACUGUACCAACACUUUCGGUAGCUUCAUGUGUUCCUGCAACGAGGGUUUCAUUCUGGAUGACACCAAGACCAGUUGCAUCGACAUAAACGAAUGCGACUUGCAUCCACAAAUAUGCGGGGUGGGCUACUGUAUCAACGAUCAAGGAAAAUACCACUGCGAGUGCCCGGAAGGAUACAUGGCUAUGCCAGGAGGAAAGGAAUGCGUCGACAUGAGAAAAGAAUCCUGUUACCUCGACUAUGACAAUGGCCAGUGUUUCAAUCCCAUGAUGCAUCCGCAAACGAAAAUGUUGUGUUGUUGUUCCAUGGGAGCUGCUUGGGGAAGUCCUUGCGAACGGUGUCCCGCGGAAAGGACUCGUGAACACGAAAUUCUUUGCGGCAUGGUACCCGGUCAAAUAAUGAAUCCCAUAACCAAUCACACGGAAGAAAUUGACGAGUGCUCGCUUAUGCCGACCAUGUGCACUCACGGUCGUUGCAUGAACACUCCUGGGAGCUUCGAGUGCCAGUGCGAUCGUGGAUACGUGUACGAUCAGGAUUCUCAUCAAUGUAUCGAUGAAAACGAGUGUCUACAGAUUCCAAAUCCUUGCAGUGGCAACGCACAGUGCAUAAACAAGCAAGGCUACUUCGAGUGCACUUGUCCAGCAGGGUACAAACUUGGACUGAGUCAACGAGACUGCGUGGACAUCGACGAAUGCUACGAGAGAGCUGGAAUCUGCAAUAGCGGUGCCUGUAACAACUUGCAAGGCAGUUUCCAAUGCGUUUGCCAUCCUGGUUUCGCGUUAACCAGGGACAGGGACAAUUGCGUGGACAUAGACGAGUGUCAACGCAAUCCGAACAUUUGCAAUAAUGGAACAUGCGUCAACACCCUGGGUUCCUAUAAAUGUAUAUGUUAUCAAGGAUUCAAGCUUAGUCCUAAUAACGAUUGCGCGGAUAUCGACGAAUGUCGAAUCAUGCCUUUCCUGUGCCGCAACGGAAGAUGCCGAAACACUGUUGGCGCGUUUAUCUGCGAAUGUGCCGAUGGCUAUGUUUUGGCCCAAGAUGGUCAACAUUGCAGAGACGUGGACGAGUGUCGCGAAGUACCCGGUCUCUGUCCACCGCCCGGGAAGUGUCAGAAUCUAAUGGGGUCUUACAUAUGCAAUUGCCCGCCGGGUUACGAAUUGGAUCACACGAAGAAAAGAUGUGUCGAUGUCGACGAAUGCGUGGAGACUCAAGGAAUUUGCGAGAACGGUCGUUGCAUCAACACGGAGGGUGGUGUGAUCUGCGAGUGUCCGGUUGGAUAUAAAUUAAGCGACAAACCAAACUCGAUGCGAUGUAUCGAUGUUAGAGAGGAAUUCUGUUACGAUCGUUACGUAUCACAUCUGCGAGGACGAUGUACCUAUCCUCGAACAGGGGCCAUGACGAAGAAACAUUGCUGCUGCACUAUGGGGAAGGCUUGGGGCAAAUACUGUGAACAGUGCCCUCCGGAGGACAGUGAGGAAUUCAAACGACUGUGUCCCGAGGGACCAGGCAGAGACGACACAGGAAUCGAUCUGAACGAGUGCCUGUUCAUGCCGGAUGCAUGUGCCGGUGGUGAGUGUAUAAACACCGACGGUUCCUUCAGGUGCGAGUGCCCCUCAGGAUACAUGCUGGACGCGACUGGAAGACGCUGCAUAGACAACAACGAGUGUCUGACGGUGCAGAAUAUAUGCGGUAAUGGGACGUGCACGAAUAUAGACGGUGGUUUCGAAUGCUCUUGCAACGAAGGAUUCACACCUGGUGUGAACCAGGUCUGCGAGGACGUGAACGAGUGCCUAGAGAUGGGCAACCAGUGUGCGUUCAGGUGUCACAAUGCACCGGGAUCGUUCAGGUGCAUUUGCCCUUACGGGUACACUUUGGCGCCUGAUGGACGACACUGCAUAGACGUCGACGAGUGUGCAACGCCAGCGAACAACUGCAAAUACCAAUGCAAGAACCUGAUCGGUAGUUUCAUGUGCAUCUGUCCGCCUGGUUUCCAACAAAUCGGCAUGACCGAUGAGUGCAAGGACAUCGAUGAAUGUGCUAUCAAUUCAGGACUAUGUCGAAAUGGUCAAUGCGUCAACUUAGAAGGGAGUUAUCAAUGCUACUGUUACGAUGGUUUCGAGCAAAGCCCAGAUGGAAAAUCUUGCAUAGAUCGAAGAGUGGGAUACUGUUUCCUGCAAACGAUCGGUGGUAGAUGCACAGCGAGGACUUCCGACUUGAAAACAGUAACAAAAGCGGACUGCUGUUGCACAAUGGGUGCAGCUUGGGGUCCUCAUUGUGAAAUAUGUCCUUCCAAAGAUUCUGAUAAUUAUAAUGAACUGUGUUUGGACAAAGGUUUCUCCGUAGACGGUCAAGAUAUCGACGAGUGUAGAACGAUUCCUGAUUUGUGCCGAAACGGGCUGUGUAUUAACACUUUGGGGUCUUAUAGAUGCGUUUGCAACAAGGGUUACAAGCCCGACAAAUCUGGUACUCAGUGUGUAGACAUAAACGAGUGCGAAACGGUACCGAAACCGUGCAAGUACAACUGCCAGAACACAGAAGGAAGUUUCAUUUGUUCGUGUCCUGCGGGUUUCAUUCUGAAUCCCGACGGGGUCAGCUGCAGGGACCUGGAUGAAUGUGCGACCGGGAAUCAUCUGUGUCAACAGAACUGCAUCAACACUCAAGGAAGCUACACUUGUGGCUGCCAGGAAGGAUACACCCAAGAUGGAGACGCUUGCCAUGAUAUAAACGAAUGCGAACAGCAUGGAACUUGUCCCAAACCGGGUACUUGUAUUAAUACUCUUGGAAGCUUUCGGUGUAUCUGUCCGAGAGGAUUCAAACUCGAUCAGAGUGGUAGAUUUUGUGUCGAUCAGAACGAGUGUGCUGAGGACUCCACCUGCGAGCAUGGCUGUCAGAAUUUUAUGGGAAGCUAUCGGUGUGGUUGUCCAGAGGGUUUCGUCCAACACUUGUACUACAAUCAAUGCAUCGACGAGAACGAAUGCAACACGUCUCCUUGCGGUGACAAUACAUGCAUCAAUACAAUUGGUAGCUUCAAGUGUGGCUGCCCUGAUGGCUAUCAAUUUGACAAUAAUCUACAGAUUUGUGUUCAGGUGAGUGCUGGGUGCAUGGGAAGUCCAUGUGCAUUCGGAUGCACCCCUAAUGGAGCGAAUGGAUUCAUUUGUGGAUGUCCGAGUGGUUACCAGCGAAUUGGUCAGGGUCAUUGUCUUUCAACGAUAAAUCCCUUAUCGCAAGGGCACUACGGUGAGGAUAUCAGCAAUGCACCGACUUUUGUGAUCAAUCCUGAUCCCUAUCACAUACCACCAGCGGAUGAUAAGACUAUAUCAACGGAGGGUUGUUUCUCUUGCAAGAUCAACGGGAAAGGAAGACACAGAAGGGGUGUUCGAACGAAAUCAAUGGACGCAGAGAUGACCGCGAGACGAAAUGAAUUCAUGAAGAAACGAUUCGUCAGAGCUGCGAAGAGGCAUCAUCACGGCGAGGAAUACGUUCUUAAGAUCAGUUUGCGACAGACUAGGCACCGGAUGAGAAUCAUCAAACUGCAGCCGGCUGUCAAGGACGACAUAGAGUACAAGAUUAUUAAAGGAAACGAAGAUAAUCAUUUCGAGAUUGUGAACGAGCACGGAAUAUCCGCGUUGCACUUCCGUAGUCGAUUGAAGAAACCCGAUCGAUUCAGGCUGUUGAUUCAUGGACGUUCGAGAAAUGGCACCAACGAGGAGAACGAAGUCUGGGAAAGGCCACUCACCUUUAGAGUGCACUUAAUAGUGACGGAGUAA